AUGGACAGCCAAAAUUGCUGGCCGACUUCCUUGUUCAAUACCCACUGCCUCAAGGGCCACUCGAACACGUCUGAAAGAUUGACGCUUGAGACAUGGUACUCAGACGCCAAUUAUGUCAACAGGCAUCUGGACCUCCAUGCGGCCUACAAAGUCCUGCGCCAGUACGUAAGUAAAGGACAGGGCAUGGUCAAAUCGAAGCCAGGAUUUGCAGACGAAGAUGGCCCUGUGACUAAACCACCGGAAAAGGGAGCAGGAGUACCAGCAUCCUCCACCGUGGGGACAGAGCAGACCACCAAUUGCCGUCAUGCCAAGCCAAAAUCCCCACGCAAGACCAGAGAGCGAACGGAGAAAAUCGAUCAGCCCAAGGCCAACAAGUGUAGCCGCAACUUUAAACUUGCUGAUCGAUAA